AUGGCGGCGCGGGAGGGCUCGCUGGUGGCGGCCGUGCUGGAGCACUCGGGCCGGCUGGACAAGGAGCACCUGGGAGCCCGCGUGGGGCGCCUCUCCCGCCGCGUCGAGGAGCUCAAGGGAGAAGUGUGCACCAUGAUCAACAAGAAGUACGUGGAUUUCCUGCCCAGCAUGCGGGGUGCAGAGGAGCUGGUGACACACGUGGAGGGGCUGGCCAACAACAUCGACCAGCUCAAGGCUCACAUCGAGAACGAGGUCCAGCAAGAUCUAAACGUUGCUGGUGCUGAGUUCACAGAGCUGAAGCAGCAGCUGGAGAAGGACACGCUGGUCCUGAGUGUCCUGAAAAAGCUGCAGGAGUUUGAUACAGCUCUCAAAGAGUUCCACUCUGCCCUGCUGGAGGAGCAGUACGUGACAGCAGCCCAGCAGCUGGAGAAGGCACGGAGCAGCCUCAGGCUCCUGGAGUCCCGAAAGGGCUUUGAGCUGAAGAUCCUGAAGGCCCUGGGCAAGGAGCUCAUAGUGCAGACACAGAACAUCAUCUACCAUCUCUGGCAGGAGUGGCAGAAGCUCGUUGUGUGGAAGCUUCCCCCUUCCAAAGGAAGCAGCAGCCUGGAGGCCGUGGUGCUCUCGGAGCUGCACUUGCACACGGUGCCAGCCCAGGACCUGGACUCUGCUGUGCCCCCCGUGCAGCCUGUGCUGCAGGCCUUGGCUGUCCUGGGAGAGCUGCACUACAAACUCAAAGAUUUUGGCCACUUUUUGCUGCAGUACAUCCUGAAGCCGCUGAUCUUGCACCCGUCUCUGGAGCCAGUCUCAGAGGAACAGCCAGAUGUGUUCAUCCUGAGGUUCAGGUCCCAGGAGCUUGCCUUGGAUGAGGCCUCUCCUAUGGAGGUGUUUGAGAAGAUCCAGCUGGUUUUUGAAGUUCUGCAAAAAUACCUGCUAAAUGUGCCUCUGGAGCAGCCUGGGGAAGGCAGAGUCAUCCUGGCAGAGCUGCUGGGGGAGCUCAUCUGGGAGGAGCUCUCAGACUGCCUCAUCCACAACUGCCUGGUGAAAUCCAUCCCAACCAACAGCAGCAAACUGGAGCAGUACAAAGAGGUGAUCACAUCCACAGAGGAAUUUGAGAAAGCCCUGAAGAAGAUGCAGUUUUUGAAGGAAGACACGACUGCCUUGCUGAAAUACGCCUGCAAUGUCAAUUCCCACUUUGCCAACAAGAAGUGCCAGGAUGUGAUCAUGGCAGCCAGGAACCUGAUGACCUCAGAAAUACACAACACUGUGAAGAUCACACCUGAUUCCAGAGUCACCCUCCCAGAGCUCCCUGAUCCUGGCUCAGGAGACCACCUGAAAAUGCAGAGAGCCUCGGAGCUGCCCAGUGGGGUGGUGAAUUUGGGGAGUGAGAGCAGGCUGAGCCCUCUCACCCUGUCCCUGCCCACGUGCCGCAUCAGCUCCUCGGUGCAGCAGCUGGUGGAGCUGGCUUAUCACACCCUGCUGGAGGCCACAGCCAGCACAGACCUCUGCUGUUUGCAGCUCUUCAACUGUGUCAGGGACAUCUUCCAGCUCUUCUGUGAGGUGGUGCCCACAUACCACAGGGAGAACCUGCAGAAGCUGCCCCAGCUGGCUGCCAUCCACCACAACAACUGCAUGUACAUCGCCCACCACCUGCUGACGCUGGGCCACCAGUUCCGCUACAGCAGCGCCGGCGUGCUGAGCAGCGUGGCUGUCACCUUCGUGGACCUGGUGCCUGCCUUCAGGAGGCUGGGGGUGGAGUGUUUUCUGGCCCAGAUGCGAGUGCAGAAGGGAGAAAUCCUGGAGAGGCUCUCGAGUGCCAGGAAUUUUUCCAACAUGGAUGAUGAGGAGAAUUACCGUGCAGCAAACAAAGCCAUAAAGCAGGUGCUGCACCAGCUGAGGAGGCUGGGCAUGGUGUGGCAGGAUGUGCUCCCUGUGAACGUGUACUGCAAGGCCAUGGGCACCUUACUGAGCACAGCCCUGGCAGAGAUUGUCACCAGGAUUGUGGCCCUGGAGGAUAUCUCUGCAGAGGAUGCAGACAGGCUGUACUCACUCUGCAGGACCAUGGUGGAGGAAGGACCCCAAGUUUUCACCCCUCUGCUUGAAGAAGACAAAAAUAAGAAGUACCAAGAGGAAGUUCCAGUCUAUGUGCAGAACUGGAUGACAUUCAAGGAGCUGAUGAUCAUCCUGCAGGCCAACCUCCAAGAAAUUGUGGAUCAGUGGGCUGAUGGCAAAGGGCCUCUGGCAAAGGAGUUUUCAGCAGCUGAGGUGAAGAGUCUGAUCCGAGCCUUGUUCCAGAACACAGAGAGGAGAGCAGCAGCACUGGCCAAGAUCAAGUGACUCCACACCUGCAUUUUGUGACACAGCACGAGUAAACUGACACCUGCAAAUAUUUUUUUGUUUAUUCCACCUUUCUUAUUUGUACUGGUCUGAAAAACUCUGGGGUUGGGUAAGUGUUGCAAUUAUGUUGAGAUGGGCUGGACUGGCUUCACCACCAGUCCUUUAUUAGAAACUUCUCAUGCCUCUUUGAGUGUAUUUCUCUCUGACAACUCUGACUCAUUUUCUUACAGGCAGCUCCACACAGCUCUGACUUCUCCUCUCCUCUCUGCAAGUUUCCUUCUUCCUUCUGCAUAACUGGCUAAACCCCAGGCUGUCCCUUACCUGAGUGCCUAACCCUGUCUGUCCCUUGCAGGACCACAUGUCCCUUCCUCCUCACAGCACAGCCAGCACAUUCCAUCCCAAAUUGCAGCAGGCUCUCAGUCUAGUUUGAGCUCCAACUCAAACUGUAACCAGUGGCCAGCUAACCCACUUCUGUAACACCCAAACUCGUUGGGCAGGCACAGACAUUUCCACUCAAUAAUCAGUACAGCUGUAACUUAUCAGGAGAGAUUGCCUUCUGUACUGUCCUUUCAACCUAUCCUCCCACAAAUUCCCCUUUUGUUAUUUAUAAUGCAGGUAAGAGCUUCCUGGAGCUUGCCUGGGGGGAAGGAGCAUUUCCUGGCUCAGUGUUUGUGUAACCUCAUCUCAGGCUGGGCUCAGGGCUCUGCAGGGGCGUUGUCAGUGCUCAGCUGGGACUUUACUAUGCACUUCUACAUCAGGGGACCUGCAGCCCCUCUGUGACCUCCUCUGUCCCUCAAACCACACGGGACCCACAGACUUGGAGAGCUUUGAUAUCCCUCCAGGAAGUGCCAAACUUUCCCACCUCAGCUUCCCCUGAGGGGCAGACCUCGAGGGGGAGAUGCUUUAGAGAGAUGUGGGGAAGGGAGAUCCUGUGCUGAAUGUGCUCAGGGCACAGGAUUUCUCACAAGUAGGAAAAUUCUCUUAUUCCUCAUGGAAAAUAUCUUCAAGCUGAUUUAGAACUUCUCAAUGUCUGUAGAAGCCAGAUCAGCUCGUUUAUGUUGUGUAACCCUGGUGUCUUUCUGGUGUUGUGUUUUCUGUCCUUCAGGAAUGGUGAGAGAAAUGUAAAGCAGUAUAAAAAGGGAAUGAAAGGUGCACUCACGGCUUUUAGUCACAAAAGGCUGUGUUUGACACUUGGAUUAUUGUACAUUUCUUUGAAUUGAAAAACUCAGAG